AUGACUCUGCACCAGUACGAUUACAUCUUCGCCAUCGGCACCAUCUUCGCGUUCCUUGACGCGUGGAACAUUGGUGCCAACGAUGUCGCCAACUCCUGGGCCACCUCGGUCUCAUCCCGAUCCAUCUCCUACAUCCAAGCCAUGUCCCUCGGUUCUGUCCUUGAAUUCGCCGGCUCCGUCGGUGUCGGUGCUCGUGUAGCCGACACCAUCCGCACCAAGAUCGUCGACAUUGACAUGUUCGAAGACGACCCCGCCCUCCUCAUGCUCGGCAUGUGCUGCGCCGUUACCGCCUCCGCCAUCUACCUCACCUUCUGCACCAAGAUCGGUCUCCCAGUUUCCACCACCCACUCCAUCAUGGGUGGUGUCAUCGGCAUGGGUGUCGCCCUCAUUGGCGCUGAGAACAUUCACUGGGUUUCAGAAAGCGGCAGCAUCGACUCUGGCGUAGUCUCCGUCUUCCUCGCCUGGAUCAUCGCCCCUGGUCUCGCCGGUGCUUUUGGUGCCAUCAUCUUCACCAUCACCAAGUACGGCGUCAUGCUCCGCAAGAACCCCGUCGUCAAGGGUCUCAUGCUCGCCCCCGUCUACUUCGGCAUCACCGCCUCGCUGCUCACCAUGUUGAUUGUCUGGAAGGGUGGCUCCAUCAAGGUUAACUUCACCGAUGCCGAGACAGCGGGUUUGAUCAUCGGCGUUGGCGCCGCUUGGGCUCUCGUCGUCACCAUCUUCCUCAUCCCAUGGCUGUACCGCAUCGUCCUCAAGGACGACUGGCAGCUUCGCUGGUGGCACAUUCCCCAGGGUCCCUUCCUGCUCCGCCGCCCUGAGCCUCCUGUCCAGCCCGAGGGUGCUUCCGGUGGUAUCCGCGACUUCUACUCCGGCCACUUGACCAAGGAAGAGCUUGAUGCCGCCCGCGGUGGUGUCGUUCACACUCACAGCAACGAUGUCGAGUCCGGCUCCGCCGACGGUGAGAAGAAGGUCGUCCAGGACAACACCGACGCUGAGGCUCACCCCCCUGCCCGCAACAACGACUACAAACACAAACCCAUCGUCGGAACCCGUCCCGAGGGCGCCUUGUUCUCUGGCCCCGUGCUCUUCUGGAUGCUCAAGAAGGUCUUCCUGUCCGGUGUCGACCAGGACAUCAUCAACAUGCAGAAGAAGGAGAGCGUUCUUACCGGUGAUCUCGAGGAGAUGCACGCCCGCGUUCAGCACUAUGACAACAAGGCCGAGUUCCUGUACUCUUUCAUGCAAGUCAUGACCGCGUGUACCGCCUCCUUCACCCACGGUGCCAACGACGUCGCCAACGCCAUCGGUCCUUACGCCACUAUCUACCAGAUCUGGCACACCGGCGCGAUAUCCGGAAGCAAGUCCGAAGUCCCGAUCUGGAUUCUCUGCUUCGGCGGUGCUGGCAUCGCCCUCGGUAUCUGGACCUACGGAUACAACAUCAUGCGCAACCUGGGUAACCGAUUGACGCUCCACUCUCCCGCUCGUGGUUUCUCGAUGGAGUUGGGCGCUGCUUGCACCAUCAUUCUGGCCACCCGUCUCAAGCUCCCUGUCUCAACCACUCAGUGCAUCACCGGUGCCACCGUCGGUGUUGGUCUCUGCUCCGGUACCUGGCGCUCAAUCAACUGGCGCAUGGUUGGCUGGAUCUACAUGGGAUGGAUCAUCACCCUUCCCACCGCCGGUAUCAUCUCCGGCUGCUUGACCGGUCUGAUCGUCAACGCCCCCCGCUGGGGCAUGGCCAACUAA